UUUUUAUCGGGCCAAGAAAAGGAAAAUAAGCACCAUUUGGCCGGUGCUAAUACGUUAUUGGACUGGGCGGUCGAGGACUACUGCGGCACGAAAUGAUAAUAAACUGGAAGCGCCUGUCCACCAUAGUGCGCUAUUCAGUGGCCUAUGCUGCCAUAACGCACUGCACCUUUGAGUACAUUGGCGACUUUGUGCUGUGCAAAGGACCAUCGAUGGAGCCGACUCUCUACACGGACAAUGUGCUGGUGACCGAACGCCUGACCAAGUACUGGCGCGGCUAUAAGCCCGGCGACAUUGUCAUUGCCGUCUCGCCGACCAAUGCCAGGCAGUGUGUCUGCAAGCGUGUGGUGGCCGUCUCCGGCGAAGAGGUGUUCAUAGCCAAGCCCCAGCCGCUCGAAGCGGAAUGCAGUCCGUCUGCGAAAAAGAAGCAGCCUGUCAUGAUCAAGAGUUACGUGCCGCGCGGCCACAUCUGGAUCGAGGGCGACAACAAGGACAAUAGCUGUGACUCCCGCUACUAUGGCCCCAUUCCCGUUGGCCUCAUUCGCAGCCGUGUGGUCUAUCGUGUUUGGCCGCUGGCCGACGCCUGUGGCGAACUGUAGCUCUUCCUUCCCCUUCUGCCAACUUUUAUUUGUUAAUUUUAAUGCGAUGAUCUGUGUGUAGCCUUAGCCAGAGCGUAAGGGCAUGCAAAUUGUUCAGAGACUGUUAUAAAGCAUAUAUAUUUACGAAACGAA